AUGAAGUGUGGGCGAACUGACCCAAGUGCUGCUGAAUGUCCUUUGGUGGCUUGUUGUUGGUCGGGCAAGAACCGACCAUGUUCGGUAAAAGUCGGCAUCUUCGGUACUUGUCGAGUGCUGUUCAGUAUCUCCCCAAAGCUUCCCGAAUACCUCCCUCAGACCCUAGCGUGGGUGCAUGCUCAUCAACGGGGUGUAUUUUCCAUGUUGGCGGAAGUUUUAGUUUGUACGUCACUGGUCCUAGUCUGUUUUCUAUUUCAAAUGGUCCAUGUAGUUUAG